AGACAAAAAAAUUGACCCUGAACGUGAAGAAAAAAAAACCCCAGCAGCUGAUUCAGAUUUUCGCCUUACCUUUUAUCUGACCUCUCCUCGUCCCCAGACUCGAUAAGCCUGUUGUUUUGUUGUCAGUGUUCAAUAUUAUGUUUAAUCAUGGAAUUAAACAUUUUUAAAGGACAACAUUCAUGAAUUAUGAUCAAUUUGGAUGGUUGCUUUCCGAGGUCAGACAAACUGAUUUCAGGCAACAGCUGCGGUGAUAUGAGGCUCUGCCCUGAAAUGACAGAGCUGUGCUUUUGGUGCAGUCCCUCCUACAAAGUGGACAGCACUCAUACUAACGGCAAGUCUGCAGAUGAGGAAGUCGAGCCUUUUUCAACAAGAUAACGGGUUCGUUGAUAAAAUUCAGAUGUCUCACUGCUCCACGACGUCAUCACUUACCAUGCCCCGCUGCUGUUCACUUUGUUGGCACGCCAUGUUGGCAGGGCCGGUCGCUUUUGAAUGAUCCUUGUCAUUAUGCCAUGUCACAGCCAGGUUGUGGAUUUAGCUAAAGUGACCUGCACAGUUUGUGGAAUGACUUGAUGCAAACUAUCUAAAUAUACGUGACAGACCAAAAUAUAAGAAAAAUUCCCCGGCUGUGUGAGCACUCUAUCCAUUUGUUCUGCUCCAAUUUGUUCUGUAUGUAGGUCAUCAGUAGAGGUCUAGGGUUGCAGCAGAAUGCCAGCUCUGCACGCUAUCAGAGGGUCCAGGCUAAUUCUGAGCUGUGUAGCUUGAACGUAAUGAUUUGCACCAAUAUGGACAGCUUUAUCAUAAUAUAAAAAUUCAUCAUGUAAUGCAAGUUCCCCCGACACAUAUAGCUGCAUCAUAGUACUUGCUCCUCAAAUUUCUGAAGUGACUGUCAGCACAAAACAAGCACACUUAAAAAAUAGAAUUAUGCAAAUAUGUUUUUUUGGAAACAUUAUUAUGUGACCUCAACUGUGUUGGAGGUGGUACGCUCUGGGAGCUGUUCCCUCUGCCUCAGGUGAGAGAACUUGUCAAUAAAUUACACACACUUUGUCUCUCUCAUGACACCCUGUGGCGCAUUUAGUACUUGAAACCUAAAAUCAUUAGUCCACAAUCCACAGUCAAUAUAAAGCAUGAUUAUAGGGUGAAGAAGUUGUAAACAGCACAUUUUCAAAUUUGCUGUUGUGUAUUUUUGCCACGGUAAUUUGCAAAGCUCAGCUUGUGCGUUUGCUUUAAAAGAAUGACCGACUCGUGUCCCAGUCCUGCAACCCCUCCACCCUCCCGAUGCUGACUAUUAAUCAAUGAGUUUAUUUUGCGCCCGCAUAAUCUGCUGGGAAUAACUGCACACUACAGGGAUUUAGUUUUUGUACAUUUCUGAAAUUAAACUUUAAAGUCUGUUAAACUAUAAAAUAUUAAUUGAAGCACCUUAUGAUUUAACGUACCCUGCAGAGUUCAACCUGUAUGUCUGCCUGUGACAACAGUCAAGCAAGGAAAAUCACCAGAAUAGUAAGUAAGUAAGUCCACUAUUUUGCGUUGAUAUUAGUGUCUUGUUUUGAAAAUCAAAGUGUUGCAAUCACCUACUUCUCUCUCUCGGCAAAACGUUUGAUAAAAGUCAAAAGCUAUCCUGGCAUCCUUUAAUUUGUAUAGAUAUUCAAAUGGAUAACCUUUGUGUUUUAUCCAGGAUAAGAAUGGCAGCAGAAUUAGACAUUGUGAAUCUGUUCAUAAUUGCUGGGGGUACACUGGCUAUUCCCCUUUUGGCAUUCAUCGCUUUCUUCCUUUUGUGGCCGUCAGCGCUCAUUAAAAUCUACUAUUGGUACUGGAGGAGAACUCUGGGUCUCCAGGUCCAUUAUGCGGACUGCAGAGGCUACCGCUUCUGUUACUCCUGCCGAGGAAAGCCUGGAAUGAGGCCUUCCAUUCUCAUGUUGCACAGCUUCUCUGCUCACAAAGACACUUGGCUUACACUUGUCAAGUACCUACCAAAACAUCUGCACAUUGUGUGCGUGGACAUGCCAGGCCACGAGGGGACAACCCGCACCAACACAGAGGAUUAUUCCAUUGUGGGGCAGGCCAGGAGGAUUCAUCAGUUUGUGGAAACCAUUCGCUUAACUCGGAAACCUUUCCAUGUGGUUGGGACCUCCAUGGGGGGAAAUGUAGCCGGAGUGUAUGCCGCGACCUACCCGACUGAAAUUUGCAGCAUGACGCUCAUUUGUCCAGAUGGUAUCAAACACCCAUGUGAGACCAAGUUUGAUAAUCAUCUGCAAGAUCUGGAACGUAGCAAUUACACACUCAAUAUCCCACUGAUCCCAACCACGCCUGAGGAGAUGGAAGACAUGUUCAGACUGUGUUCCCAUGUUCGCUUUAAGAUACCUCAACAGAUUCUUCAAGGUCUUGUGGAUGUCCGAGAGCCUCACAACUCUUUUUAUGAAGAAGUGUUUCUCGAGAUUAUUAGUGAGAAAUCCAGAUAUGCUUUACAGGAACACUUGCAUCUUAUCACCGCACCUGUACAGGUGAUAUGGGGCAAACGGGACCAGGUGAUGGAUGUGUCUGGUGCCACAGUCAUCGCAGAAAUCUUGCCAGGAUGCAGAGUGGACCUGCUAGAGAACUGUGGCCACUCUGUGGUGAUGGAGAGGCCUUGUCGGACAGCCAAACUCAUCCUAGAGUUCAUUAUCCUGCAGCAAGAAGCAAGGGGCGGUACAAAGAAAUCAUCUUGAAACUAAAUUGGGUGUUUUUCAUAAAUAAUAAAAAAAUAUGGUGGUCAGAGGUAGUGCGCUUGAUUUAAGCAUGCGGGAACUUUGUGCAGUAGUCAAAAGACGGGUGGUUUUAUGAUGACGUAAGCUUUAUGGUACUUUUCAAAUUCCAUAUAAUACAACAUAUUCAGUCCCGAGUUGUAUGAAAACAGAUUAUUUCAGUUUUAGUAAAUAGGUAAUCAUAAGUGGAAAUGACAGCAUGGGUGCCCCACAGUUCUGGUGUUCUGUGCUUGAAUCUGGAAAUUCCAGAAAAUAUUCAAAAGUCGUUUAACUGUCCUGACACUUGCAGAUUCCAAACAUACUGUGUAUUUCAAUUGGCCCAGUGCAUCCAGACCUCCUCGAGCCAGUGCACAAGUUCAGCAUACGAGCUCUCCCAAAACAUACACAAAUAAAUAUAGAUAUUUGAAAAUCGUUUUUCUUAAUAUGCCAAGUAAAUACUUUGUGAAUUCCCACCACUGCCACAAAAUUGGUAAUGUAUCAAAUCACAUUUGACUUUGAAAAUACACAUAGAAAAUUAAAUGGGAGUGGCCUUAACAAACUGUUUUUCUACUAGAUGAGUGAAUUUACUAUGCGGCAACAACACCCUGCUGUGACGAUCCACAGGGAACAACCACACCAGAGGCAUAAAAAUUAUAAUUGCGCACCACCUGAAUAAGACCUUUGAAUGAAAGGUGAAGUGUGUUUCAUGAACACGGAAAGUCCAUUUGCCUCGAAUCAACCUUUCCGGAUGGAGAUUAUUUGUC